UACGAUUUCAUUCAAACACUUCAUUAUAUUCUAUUGUCAGCGAAUAGAAAAAAAGUAAAAUUAUCCUCCCAGUUUGGUCACGAUUUUAAGACUAUAUAGAUCAACGCCGUCCCGGACAGUUUCAGAAGGGAUCGGGAUAGUCUACUGGUUCUCAACAAGGUAAAAGUGUACAGCGAAUAUAGUGGAUAUUUGUUUGUUUAUUCAGAAAAUUCACAUCGUCAAGAUGAAACUCACCCUACUGUUACUCGUGGUUUUCGUGUCCACCACUUUGGCCUCACCCUUCUAUUUGAGAGGCCGUGACCAACGACCACACGGACCAGGAAGACAAGGAGGAGACAAUCGCAGACCAAAACAGAAGCCGGACAGCUCAGAGGACAGAGAGGGGCCAUGUGAAAGGGCCAUGAAACGUUGUGAAGGUGAGGUCCCUUCGGAAGAAAGUCCGGCUAGUGUUCGUUCUGCGACAGAAGGCAGUGAGCAACAAGCCGUCGUCGAAGCAGACGUGAACGAGUGUGAAAGACUCAUUGACGGUGAACGUAUAAAAUUGGAAGAAACUGUGCGACGUGAUCUGAACACUGAUGAUGAAGAACUUCAGGAAUUGGACGAAAAGAUAAAUGAGUGUAAAGCAAAAAUCGAGAUGUGUGCGAUUCCCAAAGAAAAUCCGGCCAGGCGUGUACUGCAACUGCUCGUUAGAGAAGGCGAAACCGAAGGAACAGAUCCCUGCCAAGUUGCUCGUGAGAAAAUGGAGACUAUUCGAGGCGAUGAUAGUGAAGAUUCGGGAGAAGACAGUCAGGGAUCGGAAUCGGAGAAAAGAAAAGUGUUAAGAGAACUCAUCCAUGCGCUCUACUCCAGGAAGUGAAUCUAAUGCAGAGUCAGGACACCUUGAGUAUAAACUGGACUUGUUUGCACGGACAAUGAAUUUACGCAUAUGCUAAGUCGGUUUCAAAAUAACUUUUCUAGCAAAACUGAUACAUGAAUAUACUAAUUCAAAUGUGAUUUUUUUUAAAAAGUUAGAGAAUGGGGAAGUACAUUUAUACAUAAUAAAUGAAUUAUUGGAUGUUUCAGCAUAAAUUGUUUCGAACUUCCCUAGAUUUGUAGAUAAAUCAAUCUUAUUUACAUUUGCUAAACCUAUACAAGAAAAGUUACAUUAAAUCCGACUUUUAUUAAAUGAUUUCUCCCUUUUUUAAAUAUUCUAUUAUGUAUAUCAUAUGUAUUUCUACUACAAAACACACCUGAAACUCAAAAUAAAUUUAUUCAAAGAAAUGGAAUAAGUCACACGAAAAGUAACAUAUUAAACAUAAUGAAUGGAAUUUAACUGACUUUUACCUAUAUUUAUAUUUUGUUAUAAUCUUUGUCAACCAAAACAGUUACAAAUACUGCAAUUUUAAUGCAUUCUCGAAUGUAUCUCUUAUAUUCUAUCUUUACUAAACUUUUAGCAUUCUA